CACCCUCUUCCCUCCCAGUGCUCCCAGUGCCUCUCCCAUCACCUGCAGCGUCCAGCUCCCAGUUUGGAGGGUGGGACAGCCCCUCUCUGGGGGGCCAUGCGGGGUGCGGGGGUGCUCCCCAGCCCCGCCGAGGCUCUGCCAGGCAGAGCACAGAGGAUGACAGUGACAGCCACCCACGCUGUCACCGGGAACACCACAGUGCCGCCGUUCCCGGCGGAGAUGGAGACGGCGAUUUUCGGCAUGGGCUGCUUCUGGGGGGCCGAGCAGCUCUUCUGGAACACACCAGGGGUCUUCUCCACCCAGGUGGGGUUCGCGGGAGGCUUCACCCCCAACCCCACCUACGAAGAGGUUCGCACAGGGCUGACGGGACACGCCGAGGUGGUGAGGGUGGUCUUUGACCCCCAGAAAAUCAGCUACGAGGAGCUUCUCAAAAUUUUCUGGGAGAACCACGACCCCACUCAAGGCAUGAGGCAGCAGGAGGACGUGGGCACCCAGUACCGCUCUGUCAUCUACACCCUG